AUGAUAAGUAGUGUUUUUGAUCCUUUGGGAUUUCUGGCACCGUUCGUGCUGAGAGCAAAGAAAAUACUUCAGGAGUUAAGUAGAAUUCAUCUUGGAUGGGAUGAUACCAUACCUGAGAAAAUUUCUGACCAGUGGAACAGCUGGUUUUGUGACCUACAGAAGUUUUCAGAAUUUAGGAUAGACAGAUGUGUUAAACCUUUUGGAUUUGGAACAGUGUGUUCUGCCCAAUUGCACCAUUUUUCGGACGCCAGUGAAGUUGGUUAUGGGGUUGUGUUUUAUCUGCGAUUGGAAAAUGUGAACAACGAUGUCCAUUGUUCUUUCAUAAUGGGAAAGUCGCGUGUGGCUCCUUUGAAGCAAACAAGUAUCCCAAGACUAGAACUGACAGCAGCAACAGUUGCCGUGCGUACCGAUAAAAUGCUAAAAGCAGAAUUAGACAUUCCUAUAGACCAAAGUGUUUUCUGGACAGACAGUAUGGCUGUGUUACGUUACAUUAGAAAUGAAACAUCAAGAUUUCACACAUUUGUAGCUAACAGACUUGCUGUUAAUCAUGAAGGAUCAACACCACAGGAAUGGAGAUAUGUUAAUACCAAACUCAAUCCUGCAGAUUAUGCUUCAAGAGGACUUUCAGCAAAUGAAAUAGUGCAGCAAGGACGCUGGAUCCAAGCUCCAGAAUUUCUAUGGACUUCUGUCGAUUGUUGGCCAGAAGUACCUACAGAAAAUUUGAAUGAAACACUAGAUGAUCCGGAAGUAAAAAAAGCAUCAGUAAGAGCAUUAGUAGCUGAUAUACACAAGGUAGAACCAAGUGUUGACCUGAUGGGUGUUGAGAAACUUAUCAACCAUCAUUCUUCUUGGUAUACGCUAAGGAAAACCGUAGCAUGGAUUUUGAAGAUCCGCAGCAAAUUACUUCAUCGUAUUCAACGAAAUAAACUUAUUGACAACCCAUCAUCUAAUGAAAAAGCAGGAUCCCUACCAGAUGUCUCAUUUCGCUUCAUGACUUACAGAAAGCUGAAAUCGCCAUUUUGCGUUAUGUACAACAUGAAAGAUUCUGUGAUGAACUGA